AUGGGCAUAGCACAGAGGACUGUCAUGCUUUACAGGGAGAAAUUGAAUGCUCAACCCACUGCCGGGACCAUUAAUAUUAUCGUUGGGGGCAUAGCAUCCGAGGGAGACACAAGUAGUGGGCGAAAGCAGUAUGCCCGCCAACAUGCUCAUACCCCAAGAAAAUCCCGUGAUGAAGUCAAAGACAUCACUUUUAGGGCAAGAGAUUUGGAAGGAAUAUCAUAUCCUCAUGACGAUGCCUUGGUCAUCUCUGCGGUUGUGGCUAACUUAGAAGUAAAGAGGAUUCUGGUUGAUAAUGGGAGUGGAGCAAAUAUACUCUCGCAGAAGGCUUUCGCCAGAAUGGGGAUCUCUCCCAAACAGCUCAAAGCAGUAAAAAUUCCCCUACAGGGAUUUGGUGGUGGAGUCAUUAUCCCUGAAGGCAUCGUCGAGCUCUCGCUUAUAUUAGGAAUUGGUAAUACACAAGUGACGGAGAUCACACCAUUCCAAGUGGUUAAUACCCCAAUGGCCUACAACAUCAUUCUGGGAAGACCCCUACUAAACAAGAUCCAGGCUAUUGUGUCAACUUUCCACCUGGCCAUAAAGUUCCCCACAGGUCAUGGCAUCGGAGUAGUUCGAGGAGACCAAACAGCUGCCAGACAGUGCUAUGUUACUAGCAUCCGAGGAAUGAGUGUUGAUGUCAUGCAACUUGCAGACCUUGAGCUCGACCUCGAGCCAAGGGGUAGAUUGGCCCCCGUUGAGCACGGGAAAGUCAUUACUAUUGGUCGGGAUCUCAAGGCCAACCUCCGGGAGGAAGUCAUCGAUUGUCUGUCCCGAAACAUUGAUAUUUUUGCAUGGAAGGUGGAGGAUAUGCCAGGGAUAGACCCAAAAGUAGCUGUCUAUAGACUCAAUAUCAGCCCAGGGGCCAAACCUGUUAAGCAAAGAAAGAGGCAGUUUACGCCGAAAAGACUUGUGGUCAUUCAGGAAGAGGUCAGUAAAUUGGUGAGAGUAGGGUUCAUAAAAGAAGUCCAAUACCCCGAUUGGCUCGCUAAUGUUGUUCUUGUGAAAAAGGCCAGUAACAAAUGGAGGGUCUGCAGUGACUUCACAGAUCUCAAUAAGGCGUGCCCAAAAGAUAGCUACCCAUUACCCAGGAUUGACAAUCUUAUGAAUAACACAUCCGGACAUAAGCUGGUGAUCCCAUUUGGGUUAAAAAAUGCUGAGGCGACAUAUCAAAGACUCAUCAACAAAGUCUUCGUCGAUUUGAUAGGGAAGAACAUCGAGGCCUAUGUGGACCACAUGGUUGUAAAGAGUAAGAAGGUAGAGCAACACAUAUCCAACCUAGAGGAGGUGUUCGUCACCCUACGAAAAUAUAAGAUAAAGCUCAACUCAGAGAAGUGUGUAUUCGACGUAGUUUCAGGAAAGUUUCUGGGUUUCAUGAUCACUCAUCGGGGGAUUGAGGCCAACCCCGACAAGAUUCAGGUUUUGGCAGCAAUGGAACCACCAAGGACCAAGAAAGAAGUUUAA